GUCGCCGCCGCGACGCCCAUCCUCUCGCCAUUGGCCGGGUGGGCAGGGCCGGCGCUCGCCCCCCCUCAUCGGGAAAAGGGGGGGGGGCCCGGCCGGCGCGUCCUCGCUCGCUCAGUCUUCGCCAUACACGGUGUCGCGAGCGCAUGGAGAACCCAGACGAAGACGCCGCCGACGAGCCGGGCGCGGCGGCCAGCGAGCCGCCGCCGGGCGCCUGCCGGUUCAGCAUCAGCAGCAUCUUGGGCCUGGCGCCCGACGACGCCGACGCCGGUCAGGUUGAAACGAGGCGCGUCCGGUGCGUCAAACCGACGCCCGUGCCCGCCAGGAGUACAGGCGUGCUCUAUCAAUCGAUACUCGAUUUGCAAAAAAUCGACGUCGCAUCAGAUCCGGGAAUCCCCGAUUAUUCCGCGACGAAAUUAUCACCGGAUUUGUCAACGGAAUCGCCAUAUUUACAGUACCACCUGCAGCAUCACAGUACCGUUCCCGCCAAUUCUUUAAUCUACACGAAUUGGCUCGGAUCCGCCGACGGUAAAUCCCCUAGUCAAUUGUUCGGAUUACAAGGACCGAAACCGUCGAGCCGACGUUCGCGCAAACCCGGCCUCGACCGCAAACCGCGCCAAGCGUACAGCGCCAAGCAGCUGGAGCGGCUCGAAACGGAAUUCAAAAUCGACAAGUACCUGAGCGUCAGCAAGCGCAUGGAGCUGAGCAAGGCGCUCGCCCUCACCGAGGUCCAGAUCAAGACGUGGUUCCAGAACAGGCGCACCAAGUGGAAGAAACAGCUCACCACCAGAUUGAAGAUGGCCCAGCGCCAGGGCCUGUUUCCGGCGCACUAUUUCGCCGCCUCCGCCGCCGCCGCCGCCGCCUCCGCCGGUCAGCACUACGCCGCCCUGUUCGCGCCCUACUGCACGCCGCUGGGCUGCGUGUUCGGCGUCCCGACGGCGGAGGACGCCGCCGCCGCCGUCGCCGCCUCCGCUUCGACGCCGGAGCCAUCUAGACGAGGCUCGUGA